CAGCAUUACCUGCGCCACCCUACGGUCGGUUACGCUCGCUGUAAUGAAAAUGGGAAAAUGGAUUUCCAUUUUCAUACCGAAACAGAGCAGAAUACAAUUUCAUUCGUGCUUGAACCACCGAUGUGUUCAGAAGUGUUGAUAGCAACAUUUUGUUCAUAAUUUUUAUUUUGCUCUAAAUCAAACAAAAGAACAAAUUUUAAAAAAAAUUUUACGAAUUUUUGACUAUAACAAAAAUUGUAAAUUAAUCAAAGAAAAAUAUUAUUUUAUUUAUGAAAACAAAAACCUGGACAUAAGUUAAAAGUUAAGAAGCUAAAAAUGAUAGUGAUGAUUUAUUGCUGAAAAAUAAGUUCUAAGCUUUAAAUCAUAAAACAAACAAAGUGUUUCGGUUGAGAAGUUUUGGCAUUUACUCGUAACAUACAAAAAAUAAUAGAAGAAAAAAUUAUUAUUUUUUGCCUGAAAGUGAUGUUUUAAUUAUUUCGUUUUUUUUUUUUAUGAAUUUUUAAUUAGCCUCAGAAAUGUUUACGCUCAAAACACAGCUUAUAUUUUAUAGUAGAUAGAUUGGAGAAACAUAAAGCCCUCUCCUUCUACCAAUGCAUUUGAAGCAUAACAUUUAGUGCACAGAAAUUAUACCGACAAUCUCAAAAGAUUUCUCCUAAUGAAUCAAGAAAAAUCAACAAUUACCAAUUAAUUAGUGCAUAAAACGAAUUAUUUUCUGCGUGUAGAUUCCUUAGCAACAUUGUUGCUACAUAUUUCUGCCUUGUUGUAAUUUCAAUUGAAAAGUAUUUGAACAUAAUUUUAAGAAAUUUAUUAAUGAAAACUUAAAUAUUUGAAUGAAAAUGUUUUAUAAUUUAAUUGGUAAAUUUGUGCUAAUCAUAAAUUAUGUGGUGCAGUUUAAUUCAAAUAUUAUAAAAUAGAUUAUAAUGUGAAUAUAUUGGUGUUGCGUGGUGCGUGUGAUUUUGUUGUUGUCGCUGGAUGUUAUUUUGUUGUUUUUGCAUUUUUGGUUUGAUGCAAUGUUCUCAUUUAGUGUAGUUUUUGGAUUUUUACUGCUGCUUGGAGUCUUGAGCAUUUACGUAAAUUGUCUGCACAUAAAUGUAAAGCGGAAGAACUAUGUUCAGUUGAAUGGAGUUAAGAUAGACGCUAACUCAUUGCAUAAGUACUUGGAACAGCAUGAGAAGGAAUUGAUUUUUGGAAAGAACAAAAAAAAAGGAGAAGUCAAACUGGUUCAAAUUGAACGUCGUGAUCAGCAGCGCCAUAAACGAUCUGCCCAAAGUGAAAAAGAUAUCUCCUUGCAGAUUCAAGAUAAUGGUAAACUAGUUGACCUAAAGCUCCAACAGGCCGAGAAGUUAGUCGACGAUGCAUUCAUUUUUAUCAGGCGAACUGCAAACACUUCACAGUUCAUUGAAAAUUCGCAUAAAUUGGCAGUGAACUAUGAAAGAUGUUUUUACCGGAACGCAAACUCAGCACUUGACCUUUGUGAUGAUUCUAGUAUGCGCGGGAUAGUGUAUCACAAUUCAACUCAUUAUAUGGUUCAUCCAUUGCCUGAACGCUUUGGUAUCGGGAGUCAUGUCAUUGUCGAGUUCAAUGGUGGACUACAUUCAGAUAUUGAUCUUGCUGAAGGUAUUCAAUUUGAACCACACAAAGAGGCAUUUGAAGCUUCAGAACUCGAUCCGAAUUCUUACCAUCAUCAUAGGAGAGGUGGACGAAAUCGGAAUAAUGACAAGUUGUCAAAAAGAAAUCAUAGACGUAGGAGACGACGAAGGAGACGUCAUAUUGGCCGCCAACCGUGGAAGAUACCACAGGUGCUUUAUAUAGAAACGGCGAUCUUUGUUGAUCGAGAUUUAUUCAAACACAUGGCUAAGAAUUUUCCGAGAAAUACCGAAAGUCAAUUGGUACGUUUUGUGUUGGCAAUGAUCAAUGGUGUACAAUUGCUUUAUAAUCAUCCAUCAUUGGGACAUCGGAUAAAUUUUGUAUUAAAAAGGCUGGAGAUUUUACACCCACAUCCAAAGGAUUUGAGACAGUCGAGUGAUAUUGAUACUUAUUUGAAUAAUUUUUGCAUGUGGCAGCGGAAUUUUAACCCACCUUCAGAUGUUGAUCCACUUCAUUAUGAUCACGCUGUCAUACUGACAGGUCUCGAUUUAUACGUUGUUGGCAAAAAUGGCAAAGUUAGUAACCAAGUAGUGGGUCUAGCUCCUGUUGCUGGAAUGUGCACCACAACGUCAUCUUGCACGAUCAAUGAAGGCAAACAUUUCGAAAGCGUUUUCGUGGUCGCUCAUGAAAUUGGUCACAAUCUAGGAAUGCGUCAUGAUACAAAUGAGAACAGCUGUGAUCCAAGUUUGUAUCUAAUGUCCCCGACUUUGGGUAGUGGCAAGAUCACUUGGUCUAAAUGUAGUAGAACUUAUCUUAAUACAUUUUUGGAAUCAAGCCAAUCGAAAUGUUUAUUCGAUCAUGGUCAAGUAAGUGUAAAAUAUGAUCAUGCUGCUGAAGGUAUACUUCCUGGGGAACGAUUUGAUGCAGACCAACAAUGUAUGCUCAAGUAUGGCAGAGAUAGUGUGCGAUCACCUAACCAAAUUAUCUCGGAUAUCUGUCGAGAUCUACACUGCCAAAGGGAUCGUUACACUUGGACAUCACAUCCCGCUCUAGAGGGAACUUCAUGUGGUGAAAUGAUGCGAUGUCGGAGUGGAGUUUGUUCGAUGAAAGCCACAUUUAUGGAAUCGUACUCUUCAUCAAGACAAAUUAACCCAGCCAAAUCAAAUGAAAAGAUGAACUUAUUGGAAAACGAUGAGAAAUCUGAUCGAUUGAAUCAAGGCGGUUAUAACAGUUAUUUUACGAAGGCACCAAUAUGGAGUGAAUGGGGAGAUGCAAGUGACUGUGAUUCUGGAUGUUUAUAUGGUGCAUCUGGACGUUUAAGAGAGGGAAGCACUGGACUGAAAACUUAUGUGAGAACUUGUUUGGAUCAUAGACGCCGUUGUCAAGGAAGAGAUAAAAGGUUUGAAUCUUGCAUUGCCAAACAGUGUCUUACAAUUCCCAAGAUGACAAUUGAAGAAUUUGCAACAAACAUCUGCGAAAGGGCACAAAAAUUUGAUUCCGAUCUUACUGGAGAGGGACUUCAAAUUGUUGGAAACACAGAGGAAUCAUGCAAGGUUUUCUGUCAAACAAAAUCAAACGGUACAAAAUCUCGAAAUUGGAUCUAUCCUCAUGGAACCACAUGUCGUUCGAAAGAAUUCAAUUUUGAUGACACAUCAUUUUGUGUUGAUGGUCGUUGUGAGAGAUUUUCGUGUGAUAAUUCAACGAAAAAUUAUUUCAAAAUGGAUCCGUACUAUUGUCCCCAACAGAGAAUAAACGAAGAGGAGUCUAAAAGAUCAAACAAUGUUUAUAAACCAUCUGAUGAGAGAAGAGUUUUUAAAACAAUUCGUGGUGCCCCAACUCCUGAGAGGAAUAAAUUUGAAAAUGAAGUCGUUGGCCGGAACUUCCAAACCUCACGUACAAAAUGGAAGUCAGAUUCCUAUCAGAACCAAUGGAAGUAUCCCAUGAGUAUAAAUGAGAAAGAACCUUUAGAAAGUGAGUGGGAAGUCAAAUCAGGAUGUCACUCCAGCUGCAUGGAGAAAUCAAAAGGCGUACAAGUUAUAUCAUCGAAAAAGACAAGAGCUAAUAGCAUUCAACUUUGCACUCAUAAAGUUAAGCCCUGUGAUCGCUUACAAACGACGACUGAAUUCGCAGAAUCAACUUGCGGUCGAUACUCACGUAAAGUAAGAGGUUUAUCAGGAUACGGAAUGCAGAUCUCACCGAGUGUCUAUGAUCCGGAUCGUAGUUGUCGUGUUGCAUGUCAAGAUGAACUACUCGAACACCGAUUUUACAUUGUCAAUGGAAAUUAUGGACAUUUUCCACUUGGAACAAAAUGCUCGGUUACAGACGAACGAUAUUGUGUCAAUGGAAAAUGUUUAGAAUUUGGCACAAAUAAUAUAGCAUCUACUCAGUCACAUAUAAGUCUUGCUCUAUUUAGAAGUAAGCGUGACAUUACAAUUGCUAAUAAUGAAGAAACUCAAGAUAGUAAAAGCUUUAUAAGUUCAGCACCUGUUCAUAUAACAGAAUUGUUAACACAGGACUUUUUAAAUAGUAUUAUAAAUAGUCUUAGUAAUGAAUCACGGAGUCUUGAUGACGACUCCUUAUCGAAUGAUCACAUCGAAUUUACGAAUCCUAUUCACAUCUCAACUGACGAACUGAUUACGGAAUAGCUAAUUAUUAUAUAAUUUUAAUGUUAAUAUUUUAUAUUUAGUAAAUAAGAAUAUUUUAUAUAAUGCGAAGAGUUAUUAGAAAUAAAUUGAUUAAAUUGUA